AUGCUGAAUGGACAAACUCACCGUGUAAGUUUGGAGAAUAGGACAUGUUCUUGCAGGAAGUGGGACAUAACUGGAAUACCAUGUAAGCAUGCUCAUGGUGUGAUGUUGAAGCUGAAGCUUGACCCUGAAGACUAUGUCUGUUAUGGUUCCGGACACCUAUGUGGAGAAGAAACUACACUGACGGACUUAUUCCAGUUAGGGGUUCGAGGUUUUGGCCAGCAACAGAUGCUCCGGAUGUACAUGUACCUCCUCCUAAAGAGAAACCAGCUGAAGAAGAAACCGGGACUGAGCAGCAACAGAACCAGGAAAAGAAGCAGGGAAGAAGAAGCUCACCAAGGCUGA